UUCAGGGCUAUUAGCUGCAAAAUAAAUAGGCACACACUUUGCCUUCUUGUGGAUAUUCAGGGGGAUGCUAUAGUCUCCUUUCCCUUGUAUACUGGAGCUCUAAGAUUUGCUCAGCAUGAAGAAAAGAUGAUUCAGACAGCUAUACGUGCAUUGGUUCUUAACAUCUACAACGUGAGUGAUGACAAGGUCUAUCAAUUUAUAUCAACUCCACCAGUUUCAAAAUAUUUCUCUGACCUGAUUUGUAGAUUAAAAGAUCUAUGCUUUCGGUUAGAUGCUGUUGUCUAUGAUAAAGAGAAAAUGGACACUCAGAAAAGAAGAAAUGGGAUUAUUCUUGAAUCUGAAAAAAUUGCAGAUGAACUGUACUACUUCAAAGACAUUCUUAAUGUUGGCGAGCCUCGUUUGACUAGACUGGUUAUGGAAAAUCUUUUGAAUGGACUUGUGUUUCCUCUACUACGUUCAUUUAUGGCUUCAAAGAAUAUAAAUGGAUCUGACUUAUCUGCUAUCACUUCGCUAUAUAUCAUAUCCCGCCUUCUCCAGGUUGUUGGUGGAAGAAGCACGAUUAACAAUGUGGCUUGUGUUCUUCUGUAUCAUAUAUUGAACUUCAAUGUGAAAAGUCCGAGUGAAGGGAAUACUUUUGAUUUCCACUAUGAUAUUGUAACCUUUUCAAAGCGCUUGAAUGAAGUGGAAAAUGUUAUAUCUAGUGCUCCUGAGUCAAAUGGAUCUCAGAGUAUCAACGGGACCUAUUUAGGUGCUCAUUGGGAAGGUUUCAUGUCUAGUAUCACUAUUUGUAGUCCAAAUGGUGAAAUUUGUUCCGAAAGGAGUGGAAUAUUUGCUUUUCUUUUCUGUAAGGAUCAAAGCCUAUUGUUAGCUUCAAUAUUUCUCUUGCUUAUCCUGAUUGAGAGUAAAGAUCUUGAUUGUGACUUGUCACUGAUGAGUAAGCUACCUGAGAUGGGGGAUGAGAUGACUAAUGGCACAACAUCUAAGACUGUGGAUGGAAGUAUCUUCAUUAAGUUUAUGCCUGAGAUUUUAAAAGCACUGCUGAACGUUUUAGCCUUCCAGCAACCCCUCUCAACAAUGAUGCUAUGGCAUGCGGGGUGGUGCCUGCAAAAGCUACUGGUCUUCCAUAAAAUGGAGCUUGACAGUGAUAAUCUUCUCCUAUUCACUACUUCCUAUGAUCAGUCCCGUGUAAAGUUUAUGAAAGAACUUGAAGGAGUUUGGUUAGAUCAUAUUCCAGAUACACUAAUUACAGAAUUGGCAAGCUGUAAAAGAGUUCUUGAACAACCUUCUCAAUAUAAAGAUCCAUUAUUCUUGUUGGAGCUUGUUCUUCACCAACAACCGACCAAUGGUCAAAGAGCUUCAUAUUUUGCAUGGCAAAGAAUGGUUGAUGUAGUGAAGGCUUUUGUUCUCCACAUCCAGUUGAGGACAUUAAUUUUCGAAGGAGUAUUGCUAGAGAAGCCAUUAUUGAACAUGAUUUCCAGUUCUACCAAUGAUUCUGGAGUAAUUCGUACUUCAAAAAUUUCAUCUGCUAGCUUUGGGUCCAAUGUCUCGUUGGAGUCCGGACUACCUUGUGGAAUUGCAUUUUCAAAUUCUGAAAUUAGAGAUAUAUAUGUAAUUCCAGUAGCAAGUGGAAUAACUGGAAAAUUGCUUCUAGCAGAGAAACACCCAUUCCGCAGUCGACAUGGUGUUGUGAUUGCAAUUGCUCCGUUGGCAGGGUUAUGUCCUAAGAUAGAUGAGAAGCACUCGUCAUGGUUGCAUGUUGGAAUCAGAGAGUUUGACCCACAGUUUUAUUCAAUGAAAGGUAGAGAAAAGCAUGCGAGCAUGGGUGAUGAUUGGGCAGAUGGGAGAUGGACCCUUGGUUUCCCAAACGCAAGAGCUUGUGAGGAAGCUCAAUUAGCGAUUCUCAAUGAAAUGGGGAAGCAGAGAUCAGCCCUCCAGUAUAUGCUUGCUCCAUUACUUGAGGAUGAUUUUGGAUUACCUCAAAACUGAGCUCGUAGUACAAGAACGGACAAGAUUCCUGAGACGUCUACAAUGUUUAGGAUAUACAUAUUGUUAUGAACACUAUUAUGGAAGAAGAAUUUUUUUACUCUUGUACAGUAAGAUAAGAAUGAAUUCAUAUUGGUCUUUAGAAGAACUAAAUUGAGCAGUUGAUUUAUCAUAUAUAUACAGCAAG